AAGAGCCAGAAGAGUAAAGCGUAAAGAAACAAGAUUGACAUAGUUGAAAAUUUCCUGGCUUCCACUACUUAAAUUCAACCAGUUCACAAGAAGGCAAACCACCAGACUUCGAUUUUCUUUUUCAAUUUCUCACCAGCAGAGAUUCUAUGUCGAGCGAGAGAGUAGCUGUUGAGUUGGCCAAGGGCGUUAAUGGCCUCGAUAAGAUCAUCCUCCGCAAUACUCGUGGAAGCUCUGCCGAGGUGUAUCUGUAUGGAGGCCAUGUGACAUCUUGGAAGAAUGACCAUGGAGAGGAGUUGCUUUUCGUCAGUAGUAAGACACUGUUCAAGCCUCCGAAGCCAAUUCGUGGAGGAAUUCCUUUGUGUUUCCCCCAAUUUUCAAAUCUUGGUCCUCUUGAGUCUCAUGGUUUUGCCAGAAAUAAAGUUUGGAGCAUUGACACAGACCCACCUGCUUUUCCAACAAAUUCAUCCAGUAAAGCACACAUUGAUUUGAUCCUUAAGCCUUCUGAAGAAGAUAUGAAAAUUUGGCCUCACAGCUAUGAGUUUCGCCUGAGGGUAGCUUUGGGACCUGGAGGAGAUCUAAUGCUAACAUCUCGCAUCAGGAAUACUAAUAGUGAUGGGAAGCCGUUUACAUUUACAUUUGCGUAUCACACGUAUUUUUCUGUUUCUGAUAUCAGUGAAGUUCGUGUUGAAGGAUUGGAGACACUUGAUUAUCUGGAUAAUUUGAAGAACAGGGAGCGAUUUACUGAACAGGGAGAUGCGAUAACAUUUGAAGGAGAAGUGGACAAGAUAUAUCUCGGUACUCCUACAAAAAUUGCAAUUCUGGAUCAUGAAAAGAAGAGAACCUUUGUAUUACGCAAAGAUGGGCUCCCUGAUGCUGUGGUAUGGAAUCCCUGGGAUAAAAAGGCAAAGGCUAUGUCUGAUUUCGGAGAUGAUGAAUACAAGCAUAUGCUGUGUGUGGAAGCUGCUGCUAUUGAGAAACCCAUCACAUUGAAACCCGGUGAGGAAUGGAGGGGAAGGCUGGAACUUUCUGCUGUUCCGUCCAGUUACUGCAGUGGCCAACUUGAUCCUCAGAGAGUCCUCCAGGGUAGCUGAAGAUCCCUUACUGUGGUCGAUAUAUGUACAGGUACCAUGAGGCAACAUGUUGUGGAUGAAUCCUGGAUUUUUGGUGGAUGAAUGAAAUAAUAAGGAGCUUAGUGCAUUGUGGAACAAUGUUAUAACUGUUAUCAAUUACACUAUUAGAAAACGACAAUAUUAUUUUGUUGCUGAUAUUGAAGCACUGUUGGUUAUUUCAGCUGUGGAUGAGCUUUUAUUUGUCUAUGGGCUGCCUUUUGAUUUGUAAGAACUUCCUUAUUCAAAUUGAGUUGGAUUUUCCCCUUUA